UUGGAUGCAAUUGGCGGACAGACUGCCAUCGACCUGAGCCAGUCUCUGGCGGCGGCGGGAUUGCCGAUCCUGGGUUCCAGCGCCGAAGCGAUUGACAUUGCCAGCGAUCGGCAGCGUUUCGAGCGUUUCCUGGUGAACUUGGGGAUCCCCCAACCACCGGGCGCUACGGUGCAGUCCGUUGACCAGGCGCUGACCGUGGCCCAGCGCAUCGACUAUCCGGUGGUAGUGCGCCCCAGUUACGUUCUGGGUGGGCGAGCAAUGGAAAUCGUGGGUAAUGCCACCGAGCUGAUCCGGUAUCUCACGAUCGCCACCGAGGUUACCCCGGAACGUCAGGUUUUGGUGGACCACUACAUGGAAGGAAGGGAAUGUGAAGUCGAUGCCAUCUGCGAUGGAGAGACGGUGCUAAUUCCCGGCAUCAUGGAGCAUGUUGAACGUGCUGGCGUGCACAGCGGCGACUCGAUGGCCAUCUACCCGGGGUUGAACCUUACCGACGACGAAGUGGAUACGCUCGUUGAGUACACGACGCGUAUCGGCCUAGCGUUGGGUGUACGUGGAUUGAUGAACAUUCAAUUCGUGCUGCAGGGCGGCAACGCUUACCGAAGUCCAAGCACGCGUCAAAACGGGCCGACUGAACCCACCACCGUUUAUGUCCUGGAAGUGAAUCCGAGGGGCAGUCGAACCAUCCCGUUCAUCUCCAAGGUCACUGGCGUGCCGGUGGCCAAGCUGGCAACCCGCGUGAUGCUCGGCUCAACUCUGCGGGAGUUGGGCUACGAAGGCGGACUCUGGCCGAAGCAACGGUUGGUCGGUAUCAAGGCUCCGGUGUUUUCGAUGUCCAAGCUGGUCGGGGUGGACUGGUAUAUGGGCCCGGAAAUGAAAUCCACCGGCGAAGUUAUGGGAGUGGAUCGGGAUUUCGCCUCUGCGUUGACCAAGGCGCUGCAGGCCGCCAGCAUCAACCUGUCGCCCGGGAUGGGGGUAUUGCUGAGCAUAUCGGACCAGACCAAGGCCCAUGCCCUGCCGUUGGUUCGAGGUCUGGCAGCUGCCGAUUGCCGUCUUUACGCUACGGAGGGCACGCCGGCAUGA